CUUUUCUCCUCUCUUCUUCUUCUUCUUCCUCCUCCUCCUAGCUUGCCUUUCUCCUCUCCUCUCUCCUUGGCUUCUCCAAUUCAGAGCAAACAGCUAUAGCUCUCUUGGUGUUCUCUCCUCCAUGCAAGCUCUCUUGUGGUUCUUUUUUUAGUUUCUUCUCUGUUUGCUUCUCUGUGCAUCAAAAAAAAUUAAAAACAAGGAGGAGUAUAAACAACUCCCCACUUUAAAAAUCAUUGCUUCCUUUUCCAACACUGCCUUUUAACCCUAAAAACAAAACACCACUCUCUGUUCCAAUUCUGGUUUUUUCUCUCUUUUUUUCUUCGCUUUUUUUUAGAUUUUUUAAAAAGAAUUUGCUAGCGAGAGAGAGCGAGCUACAUCAGUACAUGAGCUAGCGGAGAAGCAUGGCAGGCCUCGACCUCGGCACCGCCGCGACGCGCUACGUGCACCAGCUCCACCACCUCCACCCCGACCUCCAGCUGCAGCACAACUACGCCAAGCAGCACGAGCCGUCCGACGACGACCCCAACGGCAGCGGCGGCGGCAACAGCAACGGGGGGCCGUACGGGGACCAUGACGGCGGUUCUUCGUCGUCUGGCCCCGCCGGCGACGGCGGCGCGGGCGGUGGGCCUGGCGACGUGGUGGCGCGCCGGCCACGGGGACGCCCGCCUGGCUCGAAGAACAAGCCGAAGCCGCCGGUGAUCAUCACGCGGGAGAGCGCGAACACGCUGCGCGCGCACAUCCUGGAGGUGGGGAGCGGCUGUGACGUCUUCGACUGCGUCUCCACGUACGCGCGCCGGCGGCAGCGCGGCGUCUGCGUGCUGAGCGGCAGCGGCGUGGUGACCAACGUGACGCUGCGGCAGCCGUCGGCGCCCGCGGGCGCCGUCGUGACGUUGCACGGGAGGUUCGAGAUCCUGUCGCUCUCGGGCUCCUUCCUCCCGCCGCCGGCUCCCCCCGGCGCCACCAGCCUCACCAUCUUCCUAGCCGGGGGCCAGGGCCAGGUUGUCGGCGGCAACGUCGUGGGCGCGCUCUAUGCCGCAGGCCCGGUCAUCGUCAUCGCGGCGUCCUUCGCCAACGUCGCCUACGAGCGCCUCCCACUGGAGGAGGAGGAGGCGCCACCGCCGCAGGCCGGCCUGCAGAUGCAGCAGCCUGGUGGUCCCGAUGCUGGUGGCAUAGGUGGCCAGUUCCCGCCCGACCCGUCUGCUGCCGGUCUCCCGUUCUUCAACCUGCCGCUCAACAACAUGCCCGGUGGCGGCUCACAGCUCCCUGACGGCCAUGGCUGGGCCGGCGCACGGCCACCACCGUUCUGACAAGGAGAGAGGAGAGGAGAAGAGGAGAGAUCACAAGGAGGAGGACGACAUCGCAAGGGUUCAGGGCCGCGGCGUGCAAAAGGUUAGCGAACGCAGGCAUGAACCACGUAUUCAGGGUUAUCACCGAUCUAUCUACUGCUCUAUUUCUAUCUCUAUGUACAAUUUCGUAGUGUUUGCUCGAUCUCUGAUUAUGUGUUUCCAUUGCUCUUAUUUUUCCUUCUUCUUUUCUUGUUUCUUUUGAACCUUAAUUUGUGGUGUAACCUUUCUUAAUUUUCAACCUGGCUUUAAUAAGUAGCCUUUAAUUAAUUUGUUCGAGGA